AUGGCGACGGCGGCCGCCACCCUUCACGCACUGAUCACGGUGGGCGUGGCCAGCGCUGCGAAUGGUCGGCGUUGCGAGUUCAUCAAAUAUCUAAUUCUUCUCGUGACUAUGGAGGAAGCAGCAACCCCAUGGUCAGGAUGGGACGAUGAGGAAUCAGAUUCAAAAGAACGUGUGCGUGAACAGCUCAGUGAAAUGUCCCGUCUUCGUGAAGAACGAAAUGGAGAAAGCAACAGUGAAAACAGCGCACCUCCGAAACGUCGGCGAGGACGUCCCAGAAAGAAUAAAGACGAGCCCAAAUCAAAUACAAGUAGUACAACCACACCUGGUCCACGUAAAAGAAAAAGCAAAACAAGGCAAUCAAGCUCAGAGAGUACCGGUGAAUUCAGCCUUGAUGAUGACUUGGAGGAAGAAGAGGAAGAACACGAUGAACCGGAAGACGAUCCGGAUGACCCUGAAUUUGAACCAAAUCGUAGAACUAGCCGUAGGCAGCGAAAACCCGUGAAGACAUAUAAUCAAAGGGUAUUGUUCAAGGAAGAGAUGUCAAAGUCGAGAGAAUCGUUCGUAACGAAAGCUCGCAGUCGUGGUCGACCUCGAGGUACAGGUAAAAAGCGAGUUCUUGAUACUGUGGUGAGUGGUUGGCCAGAGGGGCUAGAUCGUAAGAAGAUGGUUGCCGGGUCAGAUGUAAAUGAAUACGAUCGUUUAAUCAAGGAAGAAAUAGCGCUAUAUGAACAACAUUUGCCGAAGCUUCCACCAGUGAUUCCUGAUCCAAUGCAAAGGCUAUACGUAGUGCGCGUGGAUGGGGUUGAAGCACUUCAACAUGCUGGUGCAGGUUUCCGAUUGAUGACCAGCUGUGUCACAGAUGACAUGAUGGUUUCCUUAUUCCACGUGACCACGGAUAGGUACUAUGUGAACAAUAAUGCUGAAGACGUAUUACAACUCGCUCAAGUGUUACGACAUGUUUGGAACAUGCUACCGUUGAAAACUCGUUUGGCUUGGGAGGAUGCGGCUCGCAAAGCGGCUUUGACUGCUAAGGAAAAGGAGGAAGCUAGCGAAAAAGAGGAAAAAGAGAAAGAAGAAGAGAAGGAGAAAGAAGAAGGAGAGGAAGGACCAUCACGGAAGGCAACAAUGCCGUUACGAGACUUUCCGUUUGGCAUAAAACCUACGGAACAUCAGCAUGCGGGAGAUGCUCCGUGUCAGUUGCUAACGGUUCAUGGUCCACAUCCUGUAGAUGCUGCAAGGAAGAAUCGGGCAAUUGAAAGCUCUUGUUGUUCCAUUCAGACUAAGUGGAAAACAUUCACAGAUGUACAGUCGCAUAUGAUCGCGGGUCAUUACACGGCUAUAUUUUAUGGUUGUCAUUUUUGCGGUACUUUAUAUCAGUCGGUUGAAGCUCUUCUUGGGCAUUCCGAUUGUACUCGAUGGUCGGCAAUGUUGCUGACACAAAUGGUAAAAGAUGGAGGCAAAAGGAUGCGAAAAGUCCACAUGAGGGUAGCCUAUAUGUUCCUAGUUUGUUCUGAUUGUGGCCUAUGGCUUCCUAUAAGGGUGAACUAUCCCACAGAUCGGUUGCCAAAAGCGUGGAGCUUUUUCGCUACUGUUAUGGAAAAUCACACAUGCAAGAAAUUAGUUCCCUUGCUGAUAUAUAUGGCGGAACUGAUGGAGGUGCCUACGAGGGAUGCUCGUAUUGUAAUUCAGUUUGUUCCUUCGUUUUUGAAAGCCCACUUGACAACUCAUCUGUCUGAUUCUUUGUUACUUGCGGAUUAUCUGCGUACAUCAUGUACAUUUCAUCCCCCACCUCAUUGCGCGAAUGCUCCCGAGGUUGUGGGUUCUGAUCAGAGAACUCCUGCCAGUGGUGGAUCGACAACCACUCAGAAUCCCACACUGAUGGCACACGAUCUUAUUAGCCAUUGCGAAGAGCUUCCCGAAUUGAAAAUUUUGAAUAGCUUGGAAAAUGCGAAGAUUGCUGGUGUCUCGUCUGAAGAAGAAACCGAUGAAGAGGAAGAAGCGGACCCGUGCAAGCACCGCGCUGAUGCUGCAUAUGAGAAUUUUGACUACAGCUUAUUGGAACGAUCUCAAGAAGAAAAAGAGGCAAAAAAGGAAGUCAAUGAAAUUUUCCAUAAGGUGAACGGUACUAGCGAUCUCGAAGAUGCGGUUCUGAAUUGGCGAUGUCGUGUUAAUGAUCCUGUCAAGACAGUUGCAAUGCUCAACGCUCAUCCUCCUCGUCCUGUAACAUUGACUACCUCGCUUGCAGCCGAUAAGUUUGCUGAUUUAUUGGUAAGCAAAUUUAUGAAACGAAUCUCGCUGCCGAUUUCUGCUUGUAUGGAGCUUCUAUCAGGCAACUUGUUCUUGAAAAGAUAUAUGUUCUGCUCCAUUUGCAACACCAUCCUCACUACACAAUCCGGUAUUGAUACUCAUAACAAAUCGAAAUGUGGCAUAGAUGGGCUCACCUCUUUGUACUGCCCACCGGCGCCUGUGAACUCGGAAAUUGAAUGCCCGACCUGUUCAUUCAAAUUGUGCUCAAUUUCGGCUAUGCGUGGUCAUAUGGCAAUACAGCAUGGUAUCUAUGUUGAAUACAAGAAUGUCACGCAGACAGUGGGCAGCGUAUCGGAGUGCAAUGCGAGCCUCCAAGAACUGGCGGCCCGCUACCCCGACCUUCGGUCGGCAGUGGCUCGAGAUACCGACACCGCCCUUUGGCUACGUUAUGGUGUAUUACAACCGAAGACGCAGUUUGAUAUGCAGCUCAAAUUGGCUAUGAAGGGAAUCAGAGUGACGGGAGUGGAACGAAAAGACAAAGCCCAAUCUCCGAGUGGCGGAAACGCACUAAGCGCCAAAAAUGCACAACGCAAUCCUAUACAAGCUCGUCGUACUUCAUUCCCCCCGGUAUUGGAAAGUAUGGCACCGAAGCCGGUAGCCGAAGUCAAGGAUGAUCAACGACAAACGGGAAGCCCCAGUCAGGGUCUCAGUCAGCACUACAUUAAGCCAUUUGUGCUCGUCAAUAACAUGCUCCGCUGUAAGUUCUGUGCUCAUCAAACAAGUACUCCACAAGCUAUGAGGGAUCACUUGCAGUCGAACCACGUCCUGGUUUGCCGAGCAUGCGGAAAUGGGUUCGCUCAUCGAGAGGCCUUGGCACGACAUGGAAAGAUGGGACGUUGUUCAAUGUUUUUCAAAGAUGCGUCAGUAAAACACAUAUCAGCUGACUGUGGUGUGUGCAAGAAGCGUAUGUCAUUAGCGAGUGCAUAUCUUCAUCUGUUCCGCGAGCAUUUGAGCUCCGUCGUUUACGGCACAGUGUCUGGACAGGUUUAUCCGGAGCAUCAGAAUCUGCAUAUUGACCAAAGCCUGGGUGAGGUCCCUAAUGCGGUAAAAGAUCCUGUCAUCUAUUCUCCAUCUAUCGAUCAGCAAUCGAAGGAACGGAGCAAUCGGGAAGUGGUGUUGUACAAAAGACCAGCCAACGUGGUUUGCUCUUGUUAUCUGUGCGGAAUGGAAAUGGCUAGUCUGGAACAGUUGGCAAGGCAUCUUAGUAGGCACACCGAGAAGUGGACAAGAUGUCCAUUUUGCUAUGAUAACGUACCUAUUCCAAGUCACGAGGUGAUGAAGGCACAUUUAAUGGAGAGGCACAUGCAGAAGAGGGAUGGCUCAUGGGUAUGUCGGUAUUGCCAACGAAUGUUGGUGCGUGGCAGUUAUGCGCACUUACUGUAUAUGUGCACGCAAACACGUAAAUGUGCUCUUUGUCGUGGGGAGCAGACCGUGAAGAAUGCUGCUGAAAUGACCGUUCACUGGACAAAUAGGCAUUUAGACAUUCUGCGCAGAUUUCAAUGUUCUGAUUGUGGUAUGACGUUUUGCCAUGUUGAAGAUUUUUGGGCUCACCAGUGCCGCUCAUAUUUCAUGCAGCAAAAAUGUAGUUGUGGCUUCGAUACGGUCUUUUCAUCGCGAACAGCGUUCCUUUUACACUUUGGAAUGCAUAUGGAUGAGCCAAACAUGACAUGUAAAUUGUGCAAGUUUAGAUUUGCUACUCGAGUUGCGUUACAGAACCACCGUCUUUCUCAUGCGAUAUUGAUCAAUAGCUCUAGUGGACGUCAGCUGGUCAUUUUGGACACGAAGCUCGUUGUGCCAGAGGUCCUUGAUGACAAGCGGUUGAAACGUGUAAGGGAGACGGAACCGAUGACGGAAGAAAAACGAUUGAGUAUGGACGUUGCGAUGACCAUACGGAAUCUUAUGCGCAAAGUUUGUGAGGUGCUUGGUGAACCGUAUGAGGAACCGAAGGAUUCCUCACCGCAUUCUGAAGUCACUGUGGAAGAGGAUGACAUAGUCGAAAUUGAUAGUCCUCGAGUAGAUGAUGAUCUUGUCGAUAACGCCGAAACGGCACCAACUACGACUCGGGCUACCCUAUCGGCUCAGGUUCGCAUUGAGGCAGCAGAUGGUGUGCUGGAUGCCGGAUCAGGAAUGCCUGGUUACGUGGAGGAUGACGAAGACGAUGCUAUUGAGUGUAUUACUACGGAGAAGGCUGAGAAGGCGCCGACAGGUGCUGCCAUCGUGAAAGCUGUCACUGACGACACUGCAGAUGAUGAUCUGAAAGUGAUUGCGGAAGUCGAGUAUGCUCCUGGAAGUAGCGGAGCGACAACGGCAGGUGGCCGUGAAAAGAAGUUCAAAUGCUCGAAAUGUAGCUGUACAUUCAUAACGUCGUAUGCAUUGAGAAAUCACGAAUUGUCUGCGCAUAGUACAGAUGCUGGAGGAAUUUGUGAUAAGGUGUUCGGCGUACCAGUACGAGGAUUCUUUUUCAUAUGCCGUAACUGUUGUGCAGCAUUUGAAAGUCAACAGCAGUUCAAGCUACAUCGGUUAUCUCACGGCCCGACGGGUUCAGUCUCGUGUGGAGAAUGCUCCGCUAUCGCCUAUAAUACGCCCCUUUACGAGCAUCAUCGGCAAGCUCAUGCAACACCUGAUCGGCUAUUCUAUGGAUGUAGUCAUUGCAAUUUGAUGUUCCGAACGGAUGCUCGUCUGAUGUACCAUUUGCGUGAAGCCCAUGGUGUAUCGCUGUUCUUCUUCUGUAAGGCAUGUCAUUUGGGUGGCACUCAUGAGCGAACUGUAUACGCACAUGUGGCAGUGAAAUCACAACGAUGCCGCCAAUUUGGAGCUCAAAAAAAUUGGAACAGCAUUAUGAUGCUCGGAGUUUGCCCAACUAGCGUGCUACAUUAUCAACCGAGAUGUAUAGCAACACAUGAAUUUACUUUGGAUCGCAAUGGGAUGACAGCGGCAUCGUUCACUGCAGCGGAGACGUUCAGAAACGGGGGAGUUGUAAAGGAGCUAGCGAUGACGCUCGAUAACAGUACAGAAUUUCCGUUCCUCGGAAUCUACGAUCAGACACCGGUGGAGGGCACAUCUACAGCCCCUGGGCGUGCGAUCGCACCAAGACCAACGGAAAUUCAAACCAUUUCAAGCAGUGCGUUGAAUAACAUGAGGGUUUGCCCGGAACCACCAUCAAUUUCUCGACUGACCGUGCGACCACCACAACCAUCGCAUCCGUUGCCCGUCGGUACACGAGUUGCCGCAGUUGCUCCGCUAAUGAGUAAUAAGAUUAGUCCAUUACCAGUCAAGCGUCGCCCUGCUCCUAACUCAGAUGUGAUAACUCUGAGUGACGACGAGCCUGGUCCAUCGGCUCCAAAACGAGUACCUCCCCCACGUGCGCCAGUUUCACCAUCACCAUUGGCUGUGAAAAGUAAACCUGUUGAUAGCAGCAAUCGAUGCAAGAUUUGUGACGCUACAAUGCCAUCGGCUCAAAUUCAGUCGUUGCAUGAGUUACACAGGAACGGAAUGAAAUGGUUCUGUCUGGAUUGCGCCAGCGCUCAAAUGGAUGAAGUGGAGGCGAUGAAGCAUUACUUCAGUACUCAUGUGAAGGUAGCAGAACAAAAGGCUGUUGAAAAAGGGCUACGCGAUAGCGUUGGUUCUAGUCGUAGCAUUCAAAGGCGUAUUAUUGCGACCUUCUAA